AUGUUCAACUUAAAAGUUGCUUUAAUGUGCGCAAUUUUCAUUGCCGCCGUUGCUGCCGUCAAUGUCGAUUACCAAUACAUCCACCACGACACCUGGGUCGAAUUGAAGAACCCAAUUUUCAGCGGUGACAACCUACCAAGAAUGGGAUUCAAGAAGUCACUCGAUCGUCCAAAGAAGAUCUACAAGACCUUGCCACACAAUGUUAACUUGCCAACCAAUUUCGAUGCCGCUCAACAAUGGCCACAAUGUCCAACCAUCGGAGCCAUCCAAAACCAAGCUGAAUGUGGUUCAUGUUGGGCCUUCGGAGCUAUCGAAUCGAUCUCUGAUCGUUUCUGUAUCCACAAGAACGAGUCUGUCCAAUUGUCCUUCCAAGACCUCAUCACCUGUGACAACCAAGACAACGGUUGUGAAGGUGGAGAUCCAUACACUGCUUACAAGUACGUCCAAAAGAAUGGUGUUGUAACCUCCAACUGUCAACCAUACACCAUCCCAACCUGUCCACCAGCCCAACAACCAUGCAUGAACUUUGUCAACACUCCACCAUGCUCUGCCAAGUGUGCCAACAGCUCUGUCAACUUCCAACAAGAUCUCCACCACUUGAAGACUGUCUAUGCCGUCAAGCCAAACGUUGCUGCCAUCCAAAACGAAAUCGUCACCAACGGUCCAGUUGAAGCCUGUUUCGAAGUCUACGAAGAUUUCCUCGGAUACAAGUCUGGUGUCUACACUCACAAGUCUGGUAAGGAUUUGGGUGGUCACUGUAUCAAGAUUGUCGGUUUCGGUGUCAGCAAUGGUACCCCAUACUGGAUCUGUAACAAUUCCUGGACCACCUCAUGGGGUAAUAACGGAAUUUUCUGGAUUGAAGCCGGUAAAAAUGAAUGUGUAGCGCUCUUUUGGGCUGAAUUUUUCGACUCAAUCUCAAUUACUAAGCAAAAUAAUAGAAAGCAUUUCAAAUGGAGCGAAAUCCUUGACCAACCUCAAGUGUUAGCUUCUCACAAUUACCUUGAUCAAUUGAAACAAUGUUUAUCAAAGAUCAAUAUAUCUGGAAAGAAAGUUCAAAGUUCAAUAAUAAUGACAUCUAUCAAGUAUGGUAGUAUUGAUAUGUUAGCGUACCUUUUGAAUCGAUUUAAAGUUGACCUAAAUUCUGUCGAGAUUCUAAAUUCAAACCGAUACACCCUUAAAGAUGAAAUCUAUCAACAAGAACAGAAUGAACCUUGUGACUAUAUCAAUAGUAUCUAUUGUUAUGCAUUUCACCAUGGAAGAAUAGACAUUGCAGAGUAUUUAACCGAGCGAUUCAAAUCAUAUCAAUGGAAUUACUAUCGAGCAAUGGUAAAGUCACCUCUAUCCAAAAGUCUAGAGGUUGUUAGAUACAUUGUCAAUAAAUAUAACAGUCAUCGAAAAGGGAGUCGUUCAUUUCAAGUAAACAGUGAUCUAGGAGUAAAUGUAUUUGAAACAGCUGCAUUUGUUGGACAAAUCGAAAUGUUUGAAUAUCUGGUAUCAGAAAUUCAAAACGAUUUGCAACAAAGUAGAGUUUACAAAUUCGCUAUUCUAGGAGGAAAUAUUCAUUUCAUUGAAUAUCUACUUUGUGAAUAUAGAGAUUUGGCAAGCAAAGACAAACAUUUAAUUGAUUAUGCAUCAAAUUUAAAACGAUUUGAUAUAGUUGGGCUUUUAUUUAGAAAUGGAAUUUCAGAGUGUAGUUCUAUUGUAAUGAAUAAUGCCGCCGAGGAAGGUGAUUUGGAAACUUUAAAGUUGGUGCACGAGAAUACUACUGUUGAAUGUUCUAGUAGUGCUAUAGAUCUUGCCGCAAUGAAUGGUCACCUCGAAUGCAUUAAAUGGUUCGAUUCAAACCGCACUGAAGAAUUUUCAACUUCUGCGAUGGAUUAUGCCGCAAUGAAUGGUCACCUCGAAUGCAUUAAAUGGCUCCAUUCAAAUAGAAGUGAAGGUGGAAGUAUCUAUGCGAUGGACUAUGCUGCUGGGAAUGGCCAUUUCGAAACUGUCUGGUGGUUACAUUAUAAUCGUACAGAAGGAUGUUCAGAUCAAGCAAUUGAUUGCGCCGCUGGAGCCGGUCAUUUGGAUAUUAUGAAAUCAUUAAAUUCAAAGCGAACCGAAGGAUUUACAUAUAAUAGUUUUUGGCAGUCAAUUGACAAUAACGUAGAGUUAGAGGUCAUUCAAUGGCUUCAUGAGAAUUGUACAACUGAAUAUUUCAAUGCUGGAAUGUUGGACAUGGCAGCCUAUAAUAAAAGAUUCGAUAUCUUGAAGUUUUUAAUAGAAACUAAUGGUGAACAAUGGAGUGACAAACUAAUUGACAAUGCAAUCAUUGGUGGAGAUCUCAACAUUGUAAAAUGGGUAUUUGAAAAUGGUUAUUCAAAUGCAUUCACAGAUAAAACAAUUGAGCUUGCAACAGAUCAAGGUCAUAUUGAUAUCAUUAGUGGAUUGAAUGUCAACGUUGCUAUCAACAAUGCCAUCACCAAAGGUAAUCUUGAAAUAUUAAAUAUACUAUGGACCUAUAAUACUCCACAGGCAAUAUCAUAUGAAAAUUACAUAGAGUUGGCAAUUGAGCAUGAACAUUUCGAUAUAUUGAAAUGGAUAUAUGAAAAUAUUGAAAACAGUAGUGCGAUUGUGGUACCAAUUACCUUCUUUUCUAGAUCAAUUGAAAAAGGUAAUCUUCCAUUGGCAAUAUGGAUCUAUGAACAUACAUCAAAACCAAACACUUUGAAGAUCAAAUCUCAAUUCAAAAUGGAUGAAUUUAAAAGGCAACUAUUUAGACAUAAUCAUUUUGAAUCAAUUGAAUGGAUUUUGGAAACAUUUAAAGAUAUAACCUACGAUACACUUAAAGGUUAUAAACAAAUAUUAGAAACGAAUUAUCCAAAUUCAAUUGAAUCUAUUCAAUGUCUUUUUUUAAAUCAUAUGGAUACAAAGCUAUUCUUAAGAGUUUUUAAUAAUCGUCUAUUAAGAGAAUAUAUAUGUAGUAAAGUUACUUUUAUACAUGUAGAUCUUUUUAAACAGAAUAUAUAUAAAUGGAAUCAUGUAAUAAUUUCACCAUCUUUGAUGGCAGGAAACAAUUAUAUUCAAUUAUUAAAAGAUUAUUUUGUUAAUAAUAAUAAUGAUAAUAAUGAUAAAAAGAAUAAAUGGUAUCAUAAUUUUAUUAAAAGUAAUAAAAUAUCGAUUAAAAAAGAAAGAUACCUUGUAAAUGUAAUUGCUUCUGUGAAUGCAUCAAUAUUAUAUUUGGAAAAACAUAUAAGAGAUUACACAACCUCAAUCAUAGACUAUAGACAAAUUGUAGAAAUAGCACCAUAUUCAAGAGAUAAAGAGAUGUUUCAGUGGGUUCUAUCAAAGUUUAUUAAUCAAGUUACAAACGAUGAUAAGCCGAGCAUUAGAAGAAGAUUAGUAAAAUCAUUAAGAAAUACAUUACAACUCGGUAGAAUAGAUUUAAUUGAAUGUCUAUUCGAAAGUAAUCAAUAUAUCAAUAUUAAAGAUCCAGAUAUAAUUCAUAUUAUCAUUGAUUCGUCAGUUCAUCAUGGAUUUGCUCACAUUUUGGAAUGGUUGAUCGAUAUUAAACAAGUAUGGCUAGCCUUUGAGACUGUUGAUAAUUACAUUGAUAUUGCUGCAAGACAUGGAUAUUUAGAGUUAAUCAAGAUACUACAUCACAAUUCUAUAGGCUCAUGCACUACUAGUGCAAUUGAAAAAGCAGCUGCUAAUGGGCACUUUGAAGUGGUCUUGUGGCUGUGUAUGAACAAGAAUGAAGGAUUUUCAUCGCGAGCAAUAGAAGUUGCAGAGAGGAAUGGACAUAUGGACAUUGUUCAAUUUUUGCAACAAUACAAUCGAAAUGUUAGCAAUCAAUCAAUGGAUAACGCAAGUAUUUCUUAUUCAAAUGCCAUCAACAUUUUGAAGAGUCACACCAAUAAAGAUAUUGGUAGAUUAUUAAUUUAA